GAUGGCCGACGAUACUUUCAGCCUCUUCUCGCGACUGCCCACGGAGCUUCGCGAAGAAAUAUGGCGCUGCUGCCUUCCGCAUCGGGUGAGCGAAAUGGACUAUCCUGCCGACUUCAUAGUCUACGGCAGCUUCGACGAUGACGACAAGGUCCCCUGUUCACUUCAAUCGACCAGUAACAACAAUGGCCGCCCGCCGUUGCUUACGCGAGUCUGCCACUUGGCCUAUUCGAUUGAGGGUAACCCUGUAGAAUCUUUGGUCCGGGAAUCAAAGCGUCUGAAUGGGUCAGCAUCGAUCAUGCUGCACUACAUUUCUGACGGCUUUAGACGCUACAGCAAGCAGAGAGACCUAGCGGUAUUCAAGCUACUACCCAAAUGGUUGGUAGUCACGAGAGUCAUUGUCAUACACCUCGACUCUGCACAAGCUGCAAAAACCGGCCUUUUCGGGCUAUUAGGAGACGCGCCUGUGCAAGUAGUAGACGCCUACUCACCGUUAGCUUCGCAGCUGUAUGAGUUAGCCGAGACUUGUGAACGUGGGGCAUAUGCGCUCACAGCUGCUCAGAACUUCGCUCGAAUGUCUGCUGACGACAUGAACGCCAUGGUGAAGCGCCAGGCGUUCGAGGUUUUCCAAGAAUAUGACUUGUUGAAGCGCAUGCGGCCAGCAAUCAUGUUCAGGCUGUGUACGCAAAUGUGCAACCACAGUAACACACCGGAAGAAGAGCCAAAAGUCUGGACAGGGGAA